UCCCGGGCUCCCCGCAGCUGCCCGGACCUCCCCCUGCACGUCCCGGUCCCGCCGCCCGCCCCCGCUGCGGCCACCUCGCCCGUCUCCCGCCCCUCGAAGCCACAGAUCAUCUUCGGAUUCUUCCCCAGAAGCUUCAAGUAGGGAUAUGUCCUCAGCACCAACUACUCCUCCAUCAGUGGAUAAAGUAGACGGAUUUUCUCGGAAGUCCGUCAGAAAAGCCAGACAGAAGAGGUCGCAAAGUUCCUCACAGUUUAGGUCUCAAGGCAAGCCUAUUGAGUUAACACCUCUGCCGCUGCUAAAAGACGUUCCAUCCUCAGAGCAGCCUGAACUGUUCCUAAAGAAACUUCAGCAGUGCUGUGUCAUUUUUGACUUCAUGGACACGCUAUCUGAUCUUAAAAUGAAAGAAUACAAGCGCUCCACUCUUAAUGAACUGGUGGACUACAUUACAAUAAGCAGAGGCUGUUUGACAGAGCAGACUUACCCUGAAGUAGUUAGAAUGGUAUCUUGCAAUAUAUUCAGAACUCUCCCUCCUAGUGACAGCAAUGAAUUUGAUCCAGAAGAAGAUGAACCUACUCUUGAGGCAUCGUGGCCACACUUACAGCUUGUAUAUGAAUUUUUCAUACGAUUUUUGGAAAGCCAAGAAUUCCAACCCAGCAUUGCCAAAAAAUAUAUAGAUCAGAAAUUUGUAUUACAGCUUCUGGAGCUAUUUGACAGUGAAGACCCUCGGGAACGGGACUACUUAAAAACAGUCUUACACAGAAUUUAUGGCAAGUUUCUUGGUCUUAGAGCAUUUAUCCGAAAACAGAUUAACAAUAUUUUUCUAAGGUUUGUUUAUGAAACAGAACACUUCAAUGGUGUAGCUGAACUGCUGGAAAUAUUAGGAAGUAUUAUCAAUGGCUUUGCUUUACCUCUUAAGGCAGAACACAAACAGUUUUUGGUGAAAGUAUUGAUCCCCUUACACACUGUCAGGAGCUUAUCACUCUUCCAUGCACAGCUGGCAUAUUGUAUAGUACAGUUUCUGGAGAAAGAUCCUUCACUCACAGAACCAGUUAUUAGGGGGUUAAUGAAAUUUUGGCCUAAAACAUGUAGUCAAAAAGAGGUCAUGUUCCUUGGGGAACUGGAAGAAAUAUUGGAUGUGAUUGAACCUUCACAAUUUGUUAAAAUCCAAGAACCUUUGUUUAAACAAAUCGCCAAGUGUGUAUCUAGCCCCCAUUUUCAGGUGGCAGAAAGAGCACUCUAUUAUUGGAAUAAUGAAUACAUCAUGAGUUUGAUAGAAGAAAACUCUAACGUCAUCCUUCCCAUCAUGUUUUCCAGCCUUUAUAGGAUUUCAAAAGAACAUUGGAAUCCGGCUAUUGUAGCGUUGGUGUACAAUGUGUUGAAGGCAUUUAUGGAAAUGAACAGCACCAUGUUUGACGAGCUGACAGCCACAUACAAGUCAGAUCGUCAGCGUGAGAAAAAGAAAGAAAAGGAGCGUGAAGAAUUGUGGAAAAAAUUGGAGGACCUGGAGUUAAAGAGAGGUCUUAGACGUGAUGGAAUAAUUCCAACUUAACAAAAACAAUGACAACAACAUUACUAACCUGUGGAGUCACACAUUUAUGUAGUAGAAGAUGGAGCAACAGUUUUCUGUAUUGUGCAACUUUACAGUAGAUUUCACAUUUGUUUCAUUAUUACAACAGCACUGUAUAUACCUGUCUCUAAGUAAAGGAAAAAACAAAAUAAGGACUUCAAUCCAAAGUUUGGACAGUAGAUGGACUUCUCAGAACUUUGCAAACAUAAUCAUUGUUCUAACCCUCUUUUAAAAAAAAAAAAUCGGUCUUCAAAGAUCUGUUGAUGAAAUUGCUAUGUUAAAAUUCCAUUAUCGGGAGUUCCUUAUUUAUCACUAGCAGAGAGUAUGAUACAAUUUUCAAAUGUGAACAAUCUUAAAUUUAGCUUGUCUUUCUGCUAAGCUGUUAAAUGUAUUUAUAGUAAAGGAAGAAAAAAAGACUGUCAUUUCCUUAUAAGUUUGUAUAACAUCCUCCUCUGGAUAACUUGACUGUAAUUUGACAUCUUUUUCUUUUGCACAUCUUCCCGAGUUGAAUGUCCACGUGGAAUGGGGUCAUGAAUUAUAAAAGUCCCUGAUAAGAGUUUUGUUUACUGGGGUGAACAUCUUUCCAGUAACCAGGUAGUCCUGGUACUCCUUUAGUUUUAAAAUUAGGAGUUAAAAGAGAAGAGGUGAUAAACAUAGUAGGGAAGGGAAUAUUGUAUUCAUGCAUCAGUUUAUGGUGAAUCCAAAUCAAUGUCUUGAAUCCUUUGAAAACAGGCACUGGGACAUCACAGGCUUCAGUACCUGACCAGUAUUAGUUGCAUAUAUCAUUGAACACACAUACCAGAGAUGUUUUAGAAAUGUGAGAAAAACAUCCUUUUGGACCAUUUGAAAUAAGAAAAACACUAAACAAUACAACCAUGAAAUUGAUCGCCGGGAUUGCAAAUCUAAUUGGGAAAAGAGUUGAGCAAACAGCUUGGACUGUUUGGAGUUGUUGCCUUACUUUUUAAUAUGUAUUUAUAAAGUAUUCCAGCAAAAGAGGAUGUAGCCUCUGGGAAAAAACAAACAUGUUACAGUGUUUUUUGUAGAUUCUCGUUCUAUAUCUCAUCACAGCGCCAGCCCUGUUUUUAGCCAGAAAGGAUUCAGGAUAAACAUUAUUAUGCAUUCUGAAUUGGAUGCAUAUUCCUAACUACUGUAUUUGUUACCAAAAGUGGUUCUACAAAUGCUACUGAAAAAAAUCUGGAAAUUCCUAAUGUCCUGAGUAUUAAUAAUAAAGUUUAAAAAUGCUUUUAUAUCAAA